AUGAAGGCUACACAGCUUGUUGCGACUAUUACUCUUAUUUUCGUUUACCUCAACCGCAGUCGAGCAGCUAGCCCCCACAUCGUGUUCAUAGUUGCAGACGAUCUGGGCUGGAACGAUGUUGGAUUCCGUAAUCCACAGGUUCUAACGCCACACUUGGACAAGUUGGCCAAAGCCGGAGUCAUCCUCAACUCCACCUAUGUCCAGCCCGUAUGUUCACCAUCCAGAAACUGUUUCAUGACUGGGUACUUCCCCUUCCACACUGGACUACAGGACGGCGUUAUUAGUCCAACAUCUCCUGGCUUUGUUCCCAUUAAGUUCACCUUCCUCCCUCAGAAGUUAAAGGAACUAGGAUACAGCACCCAUGCUGUUGGGAAGUGGCAUUUAGGCUUCUGCAACAUAAAGUACACUCCGACCUACCGUGGCUUUGAUACGUUUGUUGGGUAUUUAACCGGCGCUGAGAAUUAUUAUAACCACACAAGAGCAGAUGACCAUUUUUCUGGAUAUGAUUUUCGCUUUAAUACUUCUGUGUAUACAGAAGUCAAGGGUAAAUAUUCAACUCGAGUGUUUGCAGAACGGGCAGUUGAUAUCAUCAAAUCUCACGAUAAGAACACGCCGUUAUAUAUGUAUCUGCCGUUUCAAGCAGUACACGCACCUCUACAAGUUCCCCCAGAGUAUGUAAACCUGUACAAGCAUAUCCAGAACAUACCACGAAGGACGUACUGCGGUAUGAUCAGUGCCCUUGAUGAAGCUGUUGCUAACAUCACGAAUGCCUUGGAGAAAACGGGACUCAUUGACAACUUGCUGUUGGUGUUCACGACUGACAAUGGCGGACCUUAUUACAUUGCUGCUAACAAUCUUCCUCUACGUGGAUCUAAGGGUACACUGUGGGAAGGGGGAACGAAAGGAGCUGCUUUCAUCUAUAGUAAAACCCUUCUCAAGAAGACGGGCUACCUCAACACUGGAAUGAUGCAUGCUGUGGACUGGUACCCGACCUUGGUGGAGCUGGCUGGUGGAAAGAAUACCGAUCCCAACAUGGACGGAGUCAGUCAGUACGACAUGCUGAUCAAUGGUGGACCGAGUAAGAGGAACGAGUUCGUCUACAACAUUCGCUACAAGACCAACUCCUCCGCAAUUAGAUAUGGUGAUCUCAAACUAAUGCGAGGGUUCCCGGGAAGUCACAGUGAUUGGAAUCCUCUUCCAACGUCUGGUGAGAGUUCAGAUGCCACUAUUCAAGACAACAAGGACAAGUUCCCUCCGUAUAUGCUGUACAAUAUCACCUCCGACCCAACUGAACAUUUCGACCUGUCUGCAAAGUACCCUGAGCUUGUAACGAUGAUGAAACUACGCCUUGAAAACUGGGAGAAGACGCGAGUACCAGCUUAUCAACCACCGUCUGACCCUAAAUCGAAUCCAGAACUCUAUGGCGGCAACUGGAGCCCAGGCUGGUGCUGAAUAUGGUAUUUUGUUGCCUACCAAAAUAAUAUUUUUAAUAUCAUUGCCUAUCGGCGAUAAAAUAGGUUCUGGAUACUUUUCAGUUUAGUCCCAUUGAUUGUUAUAUUAUAAUUACAUGUACCUCUUUUCAAGACGUUUUUGUAACAAUGGUUACUUUAUACGUUUCAAUUUUUGAAAUAUUCAUUUUUGCGCUUUGAUACAUCAUUUGCAUCGGGAAAAGUAUCGCGACAACACGUAAUAAUUUGAGUCAUCAUUCAUUCAUAUAUAUGUAUAAGAUCAGGUUUCGAUAUAGUGUGGACGGAUCAAGUCUAUCAGAAGCAUAAGUGAAACUAUUUAUUCAUGUUUCUUGUAUGGUUAUGAGUAGACAUACAAUGUAACGUUAGGAUAUCAUUGUUUCAAGACUGGAUUACAAAGAUUCAUACUCAAAUAUUGAAUGACGACAGUUUGAAACUACUAGGCGUGUUCAACAACAGUUCAUAUGUAACUAUAUGAACGCUUAAGAAGUAAAGCGGUUCAGCCAAAA